CUUUCCAUCGCACUCAAAUACCCGCUGCCUGCACCUGCACUUGCCGAAUACCAUCCAUCCGUCCGACAGCAAGCAGCCAACAGCAACCAAACAACAAAAAAGCCAGCAACCCGCAUUCGCCAACCCUCAAGCAUCAACACCAUGGCCGAAGCCAGCUCUGUUAACACCGCGGUCGCCCCCCACUCCGAGCCCAUCCACGAAGACGUUGUCGAGCCCACCAGCUACAACCACAAACGCAUCGUCGCCAUCGCCUUGGACCCAUCGAAGAACAGCGAAUAUGCCUUCCACUGGGCCCUGGACAACAUUGUCGAUCCCGAGAACGACCAGGUUGUCCUGCUGAACGUCCGCCCCGUGCCCACUGUCGCAGGGCCCUAUGGCUUUUCAUACAUGGACUUUGCCGACUGGCUCGACCGUGUCGAGGAAGGCAACAAAGUCGAGUCCCACGAGCUGCUCAAGCGCUUUGGCGCCCAGGUCCUCAAGCGGAACGCUUCCUGCCGAGCGAUCGCCCUCCGCGGCGAUGCCCGCGACGAAAUAACCGCCAAGCUGAGCGAGCUCAAGGCGGACAUUUGCGUGGUCGGAUCCCGAGGCAUGAGCACACUCACCCGAACCUUCAUCGGCUCCGUCAGCGACCACAUUGUCCAUACCGCCACCUGUGCUGUGAUUGUUGUCCACCUGCCUGGAGACAGAAAGUAGACCAGCGCCUCUGGUAUGCCAUGCCUCUGGCAUGCCACGCCCCUGGCCAUGCUAUGCUGCUGCGGACAUGAGACCCACGGCCCUCGCCCGCGGUUUCUUGUCUGCAUCCUAUUCGCGCCUUGGAUUCCAACCCACAGCCUCCUUCUAUCCCCCAGUAUGUCCCGCCAGGAUCGUGUGUGCGAGCCGCCAUCGAGAGUGAACUGCCUAGCGGCGGCGGGCUUUUUUUGUAUACUUUGUCCAACAAAUGAAUUUUGAUUGAGCCACAG